AUGGGAGCAUCAACUAUUCCGGAGUGUGUGAGAAAGGACUUUGAGGCCGGAACGGCCUCGACGAGAUCCGUGGCUACGCUACAGACAUUGCUCGGCCUGGUCGAUGCCACGCCAGGAGCUGCAACGAGAGACCCCAUCGGGCCCAGAGCGGGCAGUAAGACAGACACAAUUCCCGUGCGCAAUGGAAGAGCUCCACCAGGAAAGCCAAAGCCAGCGCGACCGGUCCCAGCAUCGGAGGAGAGAACGAAAGGCUUGUCGGGGCGCGAGAAAUACGCGCUCGCCACAGAGACGAUCAAUACAUGCUUGAAACUCCUGAACGACACUUUGAGGUCUUCGAAAGCUGCGGCGGAAUCGAAGCACUCGGUGAAAGCGUUUCAGUCACCGGCUAGUAGGCCUAAGAAGCCGCUACAGCCAGUGUCGGGCAACAUCACGCCAGCGCCGUCGCCGCCGAAAAGACGCAAGGCAAGUGAAGCAUCAAUCGCGCAAAUCGCCUCUCCAGCAGAAGUUGACCGGAAAGAAAAUGCGAGGGCACUGGCAAAUUGCGCUCGAUUAUCUACCGCCUACCUGCGUAGUGUGGACACCAAAGCCCUGGGUGUAAGACCACUCCCGAAGUUUCAAAUGGAGUCGGGCAUGCUAGCACUUUCAAACAGCCUCGUUGGACUCGGAAUGUAUGAUCUGGCCGUGAAUGAGCUGAGCUUGGUGAAGCGGAGCCUGGAGCACACUCAGAGACCACCUGGAGGCAAAGUAGACGUCAAAGUAGCCGAGACCGCCAAACAGCCGUUGGUGAGCCUGUUACAAUUGGCGCUGCCCAACGAUGCUCUGCUUGAGGACGAUGCGAUUUCUCUGGCUCUUUCGUACUACCAAACUGCUCUGAAGCUUCUUUCAAGCCAACGGAGGCCGCGCGGAAUCGAACGGAUACCGGAGUACCUCUCGCUUGAGGGCCCCAAUGGCUACAUUGCGGUACUCCGGCGCCAGUCUACAUUGGACGGCAAUGCCACAAAGGUGAACAAAUCGCUGGAAAACAUAGCAAGUGUGCUGCUCGGCAUCUGCCCUUCUGUUGCGUCGGCGGGGGAUGAGGCCGCCGUGGAUGUGCGAGCCUCGCCUUCUCCGGAAGCAGUUUUCAAGGUCCAGACACUCGCAUUGCAGAUCCGAGCGAUUGUUUUGAACAGCAGUGGCCAGUACAACGAAGUGGAGAGAGAGUUGAUCGGCCCUCUAGCCAAAUGCAUGACGGCAUUUGCCAGGCGGUUUCGCGGCGACGCCGUUACAGCGAGCGAUGUCAUGGUGGAGAGUUACAAGAAAAUCACUUCGGGUCUACCAACGAGAACAGGCCUUCCACUAUACAGUAUACACAGUCAACUGUACCAUCAUGCAGACAAGGCUGAGCUGUACGAAGACGCUUUGCAAUGGGCAGAGCAGUUGGCCAACGACUGCCAGGAGCUGGAAGCAAACCACGCAAGACAUAUCGCUGCUGUCGCUGGCAAGGCUGCCAUCGAAGCACACCUCCGCCUGCCAGAUGCUCGCAUAAGUAUGGAAAAAGCAGCACGCCUUCUCGCUGGCAAGAUCAACGGCGGUAGCAGAGAGUACGAAACUCUGGUGCGCAGUCUCGCCCGGUUGACUUUACUACGCUCGGCUCCAUUAUGCUCGCAGCAACUGUUGGCCGCAGCCGCCAGAUUCGCACAGCGCUACGCACGCUCAUAUCCAGAUUCCUGCAUUCACGACCUCCAAUCCAUCAUGGACAGCGCCUUGAGGAGUAGCAAGACGAGCGACGACAUGCUCUCUUGGAUCAGUCUAGAUGCUGCGACCAUUUACAUUCAGGCUGGAGUACUGAGAGCGGUAGCUACCUGUGCUACAGAACGACCACUCGCGGAGGCCUGGUCUGUUGAUGCUGCAGCUAUCUCCUUGAGUCGAGUACUUCGAGGCCUCGUUCUGAAGUCUGUACGAAGCGAUGGUGACAUCAAAAAGAUUCCAGGCAUCAAUGAGGACGUAUUGGAGCCGGCGCAGAGAGGUGCGAUGCUGGAAUGGCAACUGCACUAUGCUGUUGAGCUCGCUUCAAGGACAAAGUACCACCAUGCUUUGAGAAAACUUCUUCCGGACCUCCUUCGGGUUCUGUCCAGCGUGUACGAUGUUUCGACCUACCCCAUCCGACGAGCCAGAGUUGUCUUCGUGGUGCUUGGCCUCCACGAGUGUCAUCAGAGCUUGCUGUCGGAACAAGUACGCCAAUCCUGGUGCGAAAACGUUCCCAGUGAUCUAUCCCAGCUCGGAGAAGACGCCGGAUUGGAGCCUUAUGCUCAUGACAUUGUCGCGAGGAGCCAGGUGGCCCAACUGUUCUCGAAAGGUAGACCAACGUUCGAGGAGCUCAACCCUGCUUUGCAGUCCUGGCAGAACAUUGUCGAUCGUCGUGCAGAUGGAAGAGCUGUGUCUGGUAUGGUCGAUGACCCGGUCUCACUGCAGGAACAGCUUCGCUCCAUUGCUGCAUAUUUCAGGAUGCUUGGAGAUGAUGCGGCGACACUGGCAGUGUUACAAUUACUUGUGAGGCUCCAUCGCUUGACUAGCACAGGUUCUGCGGUUUCUGUUUCUUCCUGCGUGGAGCUAGCGGAGCAGUGGUUGCGACUUGGCUACUCCGAACACGCUGGCAGUGUACUUGCUCAAUCCGAGACUCGAUUGCAAGAUCUCAAAGAGGCCAACCUUGAAAGACUCCACCAUCGGCUCGCCCACGCAGAACAUCUCCAGGCGAUGGCCGAUACGGAGAAGUGUGCGACUGUGCUCGACGAGGCAAGAAGUCUCAGAAAGGAGCUGCCUCCAGCACGCAUCUCGACGGAGCAAAGCCGCGCCUUCGAGUCGCUCCAUGCCCAAGCUUGGUUGGUGCAGUCGAAGAACUGCCUAGCGGCAGGCUCACUGCACGACGCAUUGGCGGCCGCGAAGCAGUCAGUGAGAGUGUUGAACAGCGUUUGGUCGUCUCUGGAGCGAAUGGAAGACGGACCUCGACAACACCACCGCCCUGAGGCACCUGAACCAAGCGAAGCGAGCAUGGACGGCCUUGCCCAGGGUGUCAGUAAGCUGGAUCUCAAAGCCGCUGCCACGAAGAAGAAGCAGUCCAGUGUGUCAAAUCUCAGAGGAGCGGCCUUCUGGCCUAUUGUACCUCUGAUUGUAAGGUCGCUACAGCAUCUCUCGGACAUGUACGCUCAUCAUGGGCUCUUCAUCGAAGCCGACCAUUACUCUGAAAGGGCGGUCUCCAUUACCAAGUCCAUGGGAUCGAACACACUCUUGUCCCGAGCUCAGAGCCACCGAAGCCAACUGUUGACAUUGGCCGGCCAAUUAGAACAAGCCGAACUUUGUCUUGAAAUGAACGACACUUCUUCGGCAGACCAAGUGUCGUUGGGUCAAGUGGAACGUCUUUGUGCCAAAGCAACCUUGCGGAGGAAGGAAGGCUCUCUGGAAGUGGCGUUCGACCUGUACGAGCAAGCAGAACAAGUCUUGCAAAAGCUGCAGUCCGACAGCCAUAUACGGGAGCUUGAAUCCUGCCUCGAUCCAAGCACCAAUGGUGUGGAGCAUCAAUUUCAGUCUCUCGCAUUAGCCGAUGAAAAGCAGCACGGUCGCACGGAUCCCUCCAGCAAUGCUCAUGCGAAAGGCAAUCAUGGGAGGAAGAUCGUCAAACAGCCUGCAAGUGCAACGAAGAAUGCAAAGGCGCCGCGCAAGGCAUGCGCGAACCCACAAACAGCAGCUGUCGUGAUGGCUGCCCAUCGCUCUCCGAUAUCAAAGCUCCAGAAACUUGCCCUCAACAAUAAAGCUCUCGUCGCUUUGCAGCUUGGCCGUGGUGUGGAAUCCAAAGACAGUUGGUCAUCUUCACCAGGGCUCGAGCAGUCUGGCCGCGUACGACAUCAGAUCCUCUUCAGAUCAGCGCUCGAUAAUUUGGACAUGGAUGUGACAUUAAAUAUUCUCCAGGAGUCCACUCUGUCUAUACCGACUGGAAAGAUUGUCGCUGGCAACACAAACGCAGUGAGCGCCCCUCGGCCCAAACAACCAGCUCAGGCAAAGGCAAAUGCAACGGUGAAAUCAUCCAGGUCAGCGCGACCUAUCGAGGAGCCGCUUGACGUGACCAGCAGUAGUAUCGCGUGUCUUCUCGAUGCCGCAAGAAGCUGUUUGUUGGAAGAGCUUUCUUUGAGUUAUCAUCUGUCCAGUACAGCGCAGACCCACGCAGACUUCUCAAGCCUGUCAAGUGUGACGUUGCUCGAAUCCGCUAUCUCCACUAAUCAGUCCGGGGAUGCUUUCCAGUCAAUCCAGCAGGCGCUGCACAUCGACGUACCGAGAGUCAAGGCUUUGCAGUACGAACAGGGAGCUGUCGAGAUCGAACGGGGCGAGAGCAAAACCUCUGAUCCGCUUGCAUGGCCGAAGCAAUUGUGUCUGGGAGCACCAGGCCAGGUCACAGCUCAAGAGUUCCAAGCGGAGUACAUCGACAUCAUCCCUUCGUCCUGGACUGUGGUUUCACUAUGCUUGAGCGAGGAUUGCAGCGAGCUAUACGCUGCACGAUACCAUUCCAAGCAAACACCGUUGGUAUUAAAGCUUCCCUUCUCACGGCACAAGCCCGACGAUGUCGAUGAUGAUGCUUUUGACUUCGAGCAAGGCAGAUCAGAGCUUCAAGAAAUCAUUGACCUGUCGAACUACUCCUGCAACAAUCCAGGCAAGCUGGACGCCAAAGGCGCGAAGACGAAGUGGUGGAACCAGCGCGAAACGCUCGACAAGCGUCUGCAUGAGCUGCUGAUCAACAUGGAGAACAUCUGGUUCGGCGGCUUCAAGGGUUUAUUCUCGCAACACAGGAGCCAACAAGAUCUUCUUGAGCGGUUUCGAAAGUCGUUUGACCAAUUGCUGGCCAAGCACCUCCCGUCACGGCAAUCGAAACCAAGAGCGCAGUACAUGGCCCUUGACGACCAGAUACUUGAGCUCUUCAUAGGCUUGGGCCAUGACGACGGCACCAUCGACCUUGAGGAGCCUCUCGCGGAUCUGCUAUACUUUGUCGUUGACCUACUCCAAUUCCAGGGCGAGCGCAAUGCUUAUGAUGAGAUCGACUUUGACAGUAUGGUCGUCGAGGUCCUAGAUACGCUCCGAGCGUAUCAUGAGGCAAGCAACAGCCAGUCUGAAACGUCGCCUCAUCUUGUGCUUGUGCUUGACCGACGGUUGCAAGCGUUCCCAUGGGAGAGCAUGCCGUGUUUGCAGGAGUCGAGCGUGAGUAGGGUCGGCAGCAUGCUGUCGCUCCGUCAAAGCCUUCUCGCCAUGAGAGCAAGGCGGGAAGCCAAGGCAAUGCAAGGUGAAACGCAAGACUGCUACGUCGUCGAACGGAAGUCUGGCACAUAUAUUCUCAACCCUUCCUCGGACCUCACUGGCACGCAAGCAACAUUGCAGCCAGCACUGGCCAGUCUUAGUGAGAAGGGCGACUCUUCGUGGAAAGCGAUCGUGAACGAAGAGCCAAGUGAGCAAACAUUCAGCUCAGCAUUGAUGGAGUCUUCGAUGCUGCUGUACUUCGGUCACGGGGCGGGAUCUCAAUACAUCCGUCCGAGGACCAUCAAGCGGCUCGACCGAUGCAGCGAAGUUGUCUGGCUUAUGGGAUGCUCGUCAGGCACGGUGCAGGAAUAUGGCGAUUUGGAGCCAUCCGCAGUUCCGUUAUCUUAUCUGCUGGCUGGCGGAUGUACCGAUGAUUCUGAAGACAUUCCCAGCAGGUGCGUGGCGGUCGUCGCAACCCUAUGGGACGUAACGGACAAGGACAUUGACCGAUUCUCGCUUGCGAUGGGUGAAGUUUGGGGUCUGUGGCCAGCAUCAGAGCAAGCGAAGCUUCCAGCCAAGACUCCGCGGAAGCGACAGAUUCUUGCUGCUCCUUACACGCCAGACCAAGUUCCAAAGACGCCAAAGACGCCAAAGGUGCGGAAGACGCCUGCACCAGCCAAAACACCAGCCAGGAGUCAAAGUCGCCUACGGAAGGGUGGCAGCGGGAAGUGUAGCUUGGUGGAAGCAGUUGCUCGAAGUCGGGAAUCCUGCUACUUGCGAUACCUGAAUGGAGCGGCUCCCGUGGUCUAUGGUAUUCCUGUAUAUCUCGGAGACUAG